CCCCGCCACGGUCUCGCGAUGCGGCAUGGUGUACGUGGGCGGCCAGACGAUCGGGUGGGCGGCGCUCCUGCACUCCUGGCUGCACCACCACGCCCACGGCCCCUGGUGGGGGGAGUACGGCGCCCUUCUGCGGGAGUUGGCCAACUGGCUCAUCCCGCCCGCACUCGAGUUCGUGAAGGCGCACUGCCGCUACCUGCUGCCCGUCGUCGAGGUAUCGCUUGUCAGGUCCAUCUUCCCUCUGACGGCGACGGUGGUGAACGAGGUGCUCCAGGACGGCAGCAUCUCGCAGAAGGACCGUCCAAAGGUGGGCCCCACCUGGACGACGGCGUCCUUCCUCUUCUCCGUCACGUGGUGCAUCGCGGGGGCGCUCACCCUCCCCGCCAAGGAGGCCUUCAACGUCUUCUUCAGGAGACUCGUGAUGGGUUACAUCAGACAACACCCAACGCCAUCUAUGAUCGAGCAGAUUGGCUGCCCUUACCCGGGGGACGGCAGCGUGUUCGACGUCCUCUUCGACGCCAAGCAGAGGUCCUUCUGGCGCCCCUGGACCGACGUCAUCAAGCACACCGAGAUUCAGGAGACGACUAAGAUCUCCACGCUCCUGGUGCCCACGGUCGAGUCGGCGAGACUCUCAUACCUCGUGGACGUGUGUGGGCGUGCAACCAACGGCAUCCUCCUGGUGGGCGAGGGCCAGAGUGGGCGGAAGGUGGUCGUACGUCACCACCUCAAGAACCUCGCUACGGACGCCUCUGAGUACGUCAUUCUGCCCGUCACGCCCGCCGCUACCGCGCUCUCCGUCAAGUCUGUGGUGCUGAGCUGCCUGGCGCCCGGGAGACGGGCGGCUGGGGGCCAAGGGUGGGCGGGGGCCCUGGUCGUGUUCAUCGACGACCUCCACCUGGCCCCCACGACGACUACCAGGCACGACCCGUCCACGAGCUGGUGCGGAGGCCUGCAGAUGAAGAGCUGGUGA